ACAUAAAAUAAGGUCUACAUCAUUGGAAAAGUUUAUACUAAACUAUUAUAAAUAUGUAUCAUUUUGCUCCGCAAAGUUUAUAUGAUAAUCAAAAAUCAUAUAUCAUAUAAAAAUGGUAAUUUUUUUGUAUGUUGAUAUAUAGUAAAUUACAGUCUUAUAUAUUCUAAUGUAAAAGGUUUUUCCUUGUAACAAUAAGAAAAUAUGGGUUAACAGAAAAAUACAAAAAUAUUAUGUGUCCUUAUAAUGUAAAUUUUCUUUUAUUCUUAUGAUUUAAAUAUAUAAAAAAACUAAAAUUCCCGGGUAUUCUUAUAUUUUAAACUGAUUUAACACUAUCAGAAACAAUAAUUCUAAUUCUAAAUUAAUAUCCAAUAGAAAUCAAUUAAGAUGACCCCAAUUAUUACUAAUCAGCCGCAAUAUUUCUAAGAAUAAUCACGAAAUAUUACAAUUGUGUUUCAUUAAAUAUUGUAUUAAAUAUUCAUGGAUAUCUAACUGAAUAAUGCCAGAAAAUCCCAAAAAUAUAUUCAAAUACACAAAAUACUCCAUAUUUUACCAGAAUCUGAUCCGAAAAAUCAAAAAUACCCAAAAUUUAAUCCGGAUAUCCAAUUUCUUAAACAAAAUUUGAAAUUUUACCUACAACCCGAAACUAUAUAACCGAAUACCCAAACCAAAAACCUAAAAACGAUCUAAUACUAAAAAAUAUUCAAAAUACCCGAAUAUAUCUAAUUUACACAACAUAUUUAGGGUAUUUUGGGUAUCUGAUCGGGUCUCUAGUCGGACCCGGGCUCGGGUCCAAAAAAAAUAUCCAAUAGGUUCUUUCCUCUCGAAUGUAUUUUCUGGUUAGUUUUGGUUUAGUUUUGGGGUCCACGUAAAAUGUCUAGGCCAAAAAGAGUUAAAAUAUCUCAAAUAAACUAAUUCAAAAAUUAUAUAAUUUUUUUUUAAUAUAAUAAGAUUUUAUAACAUAAUGAUGUACAACAAACCCAAAAUACUACUGCAUAUCAAAAUUUGUUUAUAAUCCAAAAACAUGUGCUUUUGAUCACAUCUAAUAAUCAAUUAAGUUUUGAGUGUUCUUCAAUAAACAUAAGCAAUUGGUAAAUUGAUGGUUUGUGCUCGUAUCUGGUAAUCCAAAUUUAAAAUUGAUGAAAUCAAUGAAGCUGUGCGCCAAGAUAGUAGUCUGAACAAAAGUGAAAUUGUCACUACAGUUGUAUUGCAAUAACUACAAAAUUGUUUUUCUUAUAACCACAAAAAUGUUGACUGGUGACUUAAUACGUUUUGUGCAUUACACCGCCCAGAACACUGAUAGAGAUUGAUAGAACGGUACGUUUGGUUCAAGUAAAUGAGUUCAAGAGUCUAGUUUCAACAAAGUUUAAUGUAGGCCACACACACACAAUGAUGGAUUGUCAAGUUCGUAGACUUUUGUGUUGAUCGUUAGACAUCAUGUUUACGUAACCGGUGCUAGAAGACUCCAAAGAAAUAUGUUCCCACCAAACGCGUACUCCAACAAAUCACUAUAAAUUGUGAAGCCUAUGAAGAUUCAUUUUCAUAUGCAACAGGGAGAAAUCAAUAAGAGAUAUCAUAAAAAUGGGUUUGAGUGUUCAUCAGCUUCUUUUUUUUCUAAUGUUUUACGUUUCAACAUUUUCCAUUGUUUCCUCAGCUUCCUUUUCGUUAAAUACGGAUAGGGAAGCUCUGCUCUCGUUCGAGUCCCAAAUGAGCCAAAACCCACAAUCACUUUCAUUCUCUUGGGACCCAAACACAUCUCCUUGUAAUUGGACUGGCGUGACUUGCGACACACGUAUCAGAAGAGUGGCUUCCAUCAACCUCUCUGGUCAUGGUCUCUCCGGUUCCAUAAGCCCAAGUAUUGGUAAUCUCUCUUUUCUUACAUCUCUCCAACUUCAAAAUAAUCAACUUCGAGGUCCAAUUCCAAAAGAGAUCACAAAUCUUUUUCGUCUGAGGGUUCUUAAUUUAAGCUCUAACAGCUUAGACGGAUCCUUACCUUCCAACCUAAGCAAGUUAAUAGAGCUACGAGCCCUUGAUCUAACCUCAAAUAUGAUCACGGGUAUCGUUCCGAACCAACUUGGUGAUCUCAAGAACCUAACUAUUUUAAACUUGGGAAAAAAUCUGUUGCAUGGACCCAUUCCACCAUCUCUUUCAAACAUUUCAUCUCUUACCGUUUUAAGCCUAGGCACAAACUCUCUUAGUGGUCCAGUUCCUAACGAGUUGGGUCGUCUUCAAAGGCUUCAAGUCCUUGAUCUCACCAUAAACAACCUCUCUGGAACAAUUCCUCCUUCUAUUUACAACAUGUCGUCUCUAGAAUCAUUGGUUAUUGCUUCAAACAACUUUUGGGGUCAGUUUCCUAGCAACAUAGGAUACACACUUCCAAAACUCUUGGUUUUCAACGUGUGUUUCAACAAGUUCAGCGGAGAGAUUCCAGCUUCUUUAUACAACCUCACAAAUAUUAAGGUUAUCCGCGCUGCACACAACCUCUUAGAAGGGACCAUACCAUCAGGAUUAGGAAAUCUCCCAUUCCUAGAAAUGUACAACAUUGGAUUCAAUAAAUUAGUUUGGGGUAGAGAUCAAAAUCUUGAUAGUUUCAUCAAGUCUUUCAGUAAUAGCUCCAAACUUAACUUCCUUGCAUUUGAUGGAAACCUCUUGGAGGGUGUUAUUCCGGUAUCUAUUGGCAAUCUUCCGAAGAAUCUUUCCAAACUUUUCAUGGGAGGAAACCGCUUCACGGGUAUUAUUCCUGAGUCCAUCGGCGAUCUGACAGGAUUGACUCUGUUUAACAUCAGUGACAACUCACUCACUGGUGAAAUCCCUCAAGAUAUUGGAAGAUUGAAAGGUUUGCAAGUGUUAGAACUCGCGAGAAAUCAGCUUACUGGGAGAAUACCAGAUUCUAUUGGUGAUCUUGGCGCGUUAAAUGAGAUCAAUCUAUCGCACAACAAACUACAAGGUAGGAUCCCACCAUCAUUUGAAAACUUCAAGAAUAUGUUAUCCAUGGAUCUAUCCAGCAAUAUGCUAAAUGGAAGCAUACCAAAUGGAGUUCUUAACCUACCUAGCUUGAGUGCCGUCUUGAAUCUAUCUAGAAACCUAUUUUCUGGUCCAAUUCCUCAAGAUAUAAGUCGCCUCGAAAGCCUUGUGAGUCUAGAUCUCUCUAUUAACAACUUCUCAGGCCACAUCCCUUCAUCUAUCAAAGAUUGUCAAAGCUUGGAGAAGCUAAACAUGGCUGGCAAUAAUCUAGACGGACCAAUCCCGGAUGCAUUAGCAGAAGUAAAAGGUCUAGAGUUUCUUGAUCUCUCUUCAAACCAGCUUUCCGGUGUUAUUCCUCCAAGACUUCAAGAUUUACAAGCAAUGAAGUUCUUGAAUAUUUCAUUCAACAAUCUUGAAGGAUGGGUCCCAAACCGUGGAGUUUUCAAAGAUCGUUCUAAAGCUUAUAUGGAGGGGAAUCCAAAGCUCUGCAUUCACACUUGUCGAAAAACUCGGACGCACAGAAAACUUUUGAAAGUUAGCGUUAUUACAUGUGCGGUUGGUCUGAUUGCAAUAUGUGUGAUAAGUUUCUUGAUUUGGAAAAGAAAGGAAAAGAGGUCUACCACAUCUACCUCAUCAUCAAAUUCACUCCUCAAGGAACCAUUUAUGAAUGUUUCAUAUGAUGAGCUCAGGAGAGCUACUGAAAAUUUCAACCCUAGAAAUCUUCUUGGUGUUGGAAGCUUUGGAUCGGUAUUCAAAGGGGUGAUACGAGGGGUUGAUGUUGCGGUGAAAGUCAUUGAUCUCAAGGCAAACGGAUACUACAAAGGCUUUAUAGCAGAGUGUGAGGCUUUAAGGAAUGUAAGGCACAGGAAUCUUGUGAAACUAGUAACUUCUUGUUCAAGCAUAGACUUCAAAAACAAUGAGUUUUUGGCUUUGGUGUAUGAGUUUUUAAGCAAUGGAAGCUUGGAAGAAUGGAUCAAAGGUAAACAUAGAAAACCUGAUGGGAGUGUUGGGUUAAGUCUUGAAGAAAGAGUGAAUGUAGCCAUUGACAUUGCAUCUGCAUUGGAUUAUUUGCACAAUGAUUGUGAAGUUCAUGUGGUUCAUUGUGAUCUAAAACCUAGCAAUAUUCUUCUAACCGAAGACAUGGUUGCAAAGGUCGGCGAUUUUGGGUUGGCUCGUGUGUUGUUUGACGCAUCCGAUGAUUGUCAUCACGCUUCUAUAAGCUCCACACAUGUCUUGAAAGGCUCCAUUGGUUAUAUUCCUCCAGAGUAUGGGCUUGGAGAAAAGCCAUCACAAGCAGGAGAUGUAUAUAGCUUUGGAGUGAUGUUGUUAGAGCUCUUGAGUGGAAAAAGCCCAAUGGACGAGCGCUUCGAAGGAGAUCAAAAUCUAAUAUCAUGGAUAAGUUAUGGGUUUCAAAGUAACGCAAUUAUGGAAGUGAUUGAUCCUAAACUUAAGGGACUCAUCGAUGUUUCUGGUGCACAACUUCAUGCAAAACUUGAUUGCCUUAAGAAAACUAUUGAAGUUGGCUUGGCUUGUACUGCGUAUGCAGCUAGCGAACGGAUGAAAAUGAGAAACGUGCUACGUUUGUUGAAAGAGGCCAAGGGCAUGCUUAUCAAGGGAAACUAAUUGAUUAUAUUUUCCUAUUAGUUAUUUUAAGUGAAUAUAUAAGUUUUCUUUUGUCGGGAAUAUAUGUUUAUCUUAUCUCUUUAGUUAUAAUUUUUGUUUAAUAAGGGUCAUUCUGUAGUAAGAACUUGUUGCUUGUAAUUUUCUGAUAAUAAGGAUGUUGAAUAGCAGUA